AUGAUGAAUAAUUUUAUUGAAAAAUUAACUUUAAAUGAAUCAAAUAAUUCUAAUAAUAUUACUAAUAAUAGUAAUAGCUCUACAAAUAAUACAAGUAAUAAUACUAUUGGUGGUAAUAGUAGUAAUUAUUUUAAUAAUACAACAAACACACCUCAGGAAAUUAUUAAUACAUCAAGAAGGAAAAUUAAAAAUAAUAGUGGUGGAGGUCAAAUAAUUAAUUCUAAAAUUAAUGAUGAAAAUAAGAAAAAGAGAAAUAUUUCAAAUACUACAAAUACUACAAAUACUAGUAAUAAUAAUUCAAAUAUUAAUGAAAGUAAUACAAGUAAUGAAAAAGAUUUAAUUCCUUCCAAUAAUGAACAAGUAAUAGAAUUAAAUAAUGAAACUCAUUCAUCUAUCAAUAAUAUAAUAAUUAAUAAUAGUAAUAGUAGUCUCUCUACUAUAAGUAAUCAUAGUGAUAUUAUUACACCAAAUACUUCUUUAAUUAAUGAUUCUAAUCAGAUAUCUAAUAAUUCUACUAAUAUUAGUAAUACAAAUAGUAGUAAUAAUACUAAUAAUGAAAAAUCAACAGCAACAGCAACAGCAACGAAUAUAAUUAAUUUAAAAAAACAACCAACAACAAAUCAACAAACACCACAAUUUCUUAAAGCAAUGGAAGAAAGAGUUAAUGAAAGAAAAGAACGUUGGAAACAAUUACAAGAUAAAUAUAAAUUACAAGAAGAAGAAAAAGAAGUAAGUUGUUUUAUUAUUUAA